CAUAACACAUGCAGCUGGCCAGGAGGAUCCAGGCAGCCACUGCAGGUCCACUUUCUACCUCAUUAUUCUCUGCUUUGCUUGAGACUUGUUCGGGUGAAAGCAAGACUAAUUUUCUCAGGAAACAACUGGAGCAAUUUUUCCUCAUCUCUCAUUUCCAGGAAGACGUGAUAGCUGGAACUGUUUUUCCAGAAAAUCGAAGAAUGAGGAGGACUGCCAUUGCUGGGGUUAUUAUUUUAUCCUGCCUCUUAAGUGAUGUUGGGGGUGUGAUUUGCAGAUCGUGCAAUCUCUCCAUCCCGUUCCACGGAUGCCUGUUAGACUUUGGCACCUGCAGAACAAAGCCUGGGCAGUACUGCAUAAAAGAGACCCUCAGUAAAGGUGGAAUCCAAUGGUAUUCAAUUAAAGGCUGCACCGAGGACAAAUCAGAGUGCUUUAAGAGGAUUGUGAAGAAUUUCGAAAUCCGCUCUACCCACUGCUGCCACCGUCCCCUGUGUAACUUCUGAGGAAGUGACCUAUAUCCAUGUCACCUGACUAGCCAGUCAGAUCUGAAGGCUGGCCUUGCCUUCGCAGAUGGCCGCCUCUGUCUUGGAGAUGCUUGGAGACAUGGUCAGAAGCUGACUUUGGCAUUGUCUAUGUCCAUAUUCCACCCCAUUAUCUCCAGUGAAUCUGAAUUGACUUUGUUUCUGUUGCUACGAUAAAAUAUUCUAAUAAAAAGCGUUUUGGGGAGGAAAGGGUUAUUUUGGCUUGUACUUCCGUGUCAUGGUCCAACACUGAGGGCAGGAACUCAAGGCCAGAACCUUGAGGCAGGAAGACCAAAGAGGAACAGUGCUGACUGGCUUGUUCAUCAUAGCUAGAUCAGUUUGCUUUUUUAUGUAUUCAAGAUGAAUGACCCAGGAAUGGUACAACCCAAAGUGAGCUGGGCCAUCCCAUAUUGAUCUUCAAAGAAAAUGCCCCCAUAGACCUGCUAUCAGGCCAACCUG